AUGUUCGGUUUCUACACGGCCGGCCCGCACACGGCGCUCAUCUCCCUCACGCUUCGCACGGUAAUGGUAACCACCGCGCACGGCACCACCGUCAACGGCGUCGCCGUGCACGUCACGGGCUGCUGCCAGGUCAAGAUCCGUGCGUGGACGGCCAUGGUGGACGGCGACGACCACCGCAUGGUCAUCGACGAGGAGGCCGUCCGCCUGGCCGCCCAGCACUUCCUGGGCCACUCGGAGUCCGACAUGGCCGACGCCAUCCGCAAGACUGUCGAGGGGCACCAGCGCGCCAUCAUCGGCACCCUCACCAUCGAGCAGCUGUACAGCGACCGCAACGCCUUCUCGCUCCGCGUCAAGGAACUCUGCACCGAUGACAUGCGCAACAUGGGCCUGGCCAUGGUCUCGUACACCGUCGCUGAGAUCUCCGACGAUCAGGGCUACAUCGACGCCUUGGGCGUGAGGCAGACGGAGAAAGUCAAGCGCGAGGCUAUGGAGGGCGCCGCCUUUCACGAGAACCUCGCCAUUAGCAAGAGCCGCGAGAUGCAGGCAGAGUCCCACGUCAAAGUCAACCGAGAGCGACAGCGCAUCAUCCAGAGCGACAAGACCGUCCAGGUCGUCCGCGCUACCGCCCAGACCACCAUCGACCAGGCUGUGGCUACGCAGCAGAAGGCCGGCCCCAUCGAGGACGCCGAGCAGAACGCCAUCCUGCGCGUCGCCAAGAGGGACGCCGAGGCUGCAAGAGUCCAGGCUGAGCGGGAGGUCGAGGCCAUUAACGUUGAGAAGCAGCGCUUGAAGAACGAGAUCACCAGGAAUGUGCCCGCCGAUGCCGGCCUGUUUAGGAAGGAAAGGCGUGCGGAGGCCACCAGAGCAACAGCCCAGGCGGAAGCCCUGCGCAUUCGAUACAUAGCAGAGGCAGAAGCAGAGGCUAUUCGCGCGAAGGGAGAGGCUAAGACACUUGUUUUAGGCGAGCGCAUUCAAAUGUGGAAUGAAUGUGGAAAUCCUGCCGCAGUGAUGGAAAAACUGAUCGACGCUCUGCCCGAAGUAGCUGUGCAAAUCACCGCCCCGCUUGCGAAGACCGAGAAGCUCGUGUUUGUAGGCGGCGCCGACGGCGAUCACGCGGAUGGGCCGGAAGUGUCAGAAGCAAGCACCGGCGGAAAGGAAGCACCCCAGGCACUAGAGGGCAUGGAUUUCGAGCGCAUUAUUCGAGAUAUGAUGACGGGAGUCGAUUCCACCGGUCUCGCUGCAGCAAUGAAGGAGUCUAUGGCGAAGAAGGUUUUGAGUAAAGUGGCAGGCAAGAUGGCGGUCCCCAAAUGACAGCAGAGUACUUGUGUGUUCGUUAUUGGAUUGUGGCUCACAUGAUUUGACGAGAUAACGUCAGUGUGGAUUGGGGGGUAUCCAACUUCCUGGCUGUAGGUACAGGCAAUAAUGGCAGUUCCUGGGGCCGAGGGCUUUCGUGUUCCCUGAUGUCAAAUGCUUGUGAGUUGUAUUAUUGAAUAGUUGUUCAAAGUUGCGAUGUUGCUUCCUGAACACGGUUGAAUGUUUUGAUGUAAAUAUGUGUUGGUAGGUGGGCAGUGCGCAAUUCAUACCUCUGAAU